AUGCCCGGCGUCAUCAUGGAUUUUCCCGGUGUUGAUGGAUCUUUACGACAGUCCGGCCUUAAUGAGGCGACGAAUGGCGCGGCGAGCCACGACAACAAAUCCUACCAGCUCCCUGCUUCUACCAAUGGACCGGUCCAUAUGAAUGGCAUGGGGAGAGAUGUCGCCGCAUCGAGCCAAACUUCAAAAAUAUCAGCAGAAAGCUUCGUGACUACACCGUUUGAGCUAACUCAUAUCACACAAGGGUUUUUCCCGUUCGGUACACUUGUGAAUCGAGCAGCGCAACAAUGUUGGAUUGAUCUCUCUGAGUUAGUGACAGAAUUGGCUACAGUCUCAGUUUCCUCCGAAACAUCAGCUCUUCCAGCUGCGAAUGGAAAAUCUCUGGGGACCCAGUCCGUGGAAAAUGUCAACAAGAAAGUGCGGAUCUUAGAUUUUGCACACGCCAAAAGGGCCGAAUUUAUCAAGCUCCUGGUUCUCUCUCAGUGGAGUCGCCAGGCUGCAGAUGUUAGCCGGCUUAUUGACAUCCAGGGAUUCAUUCGCACGCGACAUCAAGCAUAUACCUCCGCGGUCCAAUAUGUGGGUGAGAUGAAACGGGAUCUCGUUCGAGCGCAGGUAGCCAAUCCAGAUCUUAAGACUGCUUUAGAGGUCCUCUCCAAGGGCCGGGUAAUAGCUCUUCCAGAUCUUGGCUACAAACCCCCCAAGCCCUUGAACGCAAGAACAACACUGAAAAAAUUACACAAAAUCAAUCGCAUCAUCAGCGUGCGGCUGGCGUUACACGAUCAAGUGCCGCCUCCAUUGCGAAAUUAUCGUGUCCAUGACGGUCGCGCUACAUUCACCGUAACUGGGGAGUUUGAACUUGAUCUUUCAGUUGCGGAAGAGACGAACACUUCCCAAUUCUUCUUCGUUGACAUCCGUUUCCUCUUCUUACCAUCAUCCCCUAUUCCAAAAGGGAGAAUUUUCGACCAGCUCGAUGCUAAGGUCAACGAAAUACUGCAUACUGAUGGACUAAUGGGAUGUUUUGAUUUUCUUCAUGGUUUGGUCUUGACCAACAAAAUCAACACACUCUUUAAACAGGCUGCAGACCUUACCCGGGGUCUAUGGUCAGAUGCAUUGCGCAUUGAACUCCUUCAUCGGACACUGGUUGUCCAGUAUUGGCCAGCAAGGGCAGGGCCGAAGAGCUGGCUAGAGAUUGGCGUCCAAAGAGGCCUGCAGAACAAUGGCGUGAAUGAUACUAGCAACAAAGUCCCUCGAAUCGGUCUUCGCUGGAUGCGGGACGGUCAGCAAGCAAACAGUGAUGCCGUGCAAUUUGAUUCCAACGACCUUUCCAUGGAGCGCCUUUUGCGAAGCGUUAUCGCUUUGCACACAUCCCAUAUACUUUCCACCGCUUACGCAACUCUCAACAAAAGCCUUCUUUUCUCUAAUCAUGUGCUUUCACUACGUGCCCAGUUAUCUUCUACAGAACCGGGUGACUGCUUCCUUAUCGCACAACUAACAUCAUCUCGUUCUCUUCGAGUUUCAGUUGAACCCCUAUCGGGGGCGAUCACUCUGUCGGGUGCACCAAUGACAUCAGAACGCUCUGAACCGGAGCGAAUCUCAAAUAAACCGGCAAUUGAAGAGCUUCUGUCUCGCGUUGCACGUUUGCGAUGUGCUACUGCGAUCGAGGAAAUUGAACUGGGAACCAAAGCCCUCGGUUUAGAGAGUGUUGGCCAAAGAAGCCUGGGGCUUGAUAUCCGUCGCCUGUUUCCUUCCAACACCAUGCGCUCGGUCUUUUUCACUCAUCCCUUUUGGGAUCGUCGUUGGGUUGUUGCUGCCACGAGUAGUAUGGAUGGCGAUAGCUGGUGGUUGGUUCAACUUCCGUCUGCUGAGUCUAACAACACCUCGCCCGCCCAUCUUAUCAGCACUUUUCUGUUGUGCAAACGGCGACGAUUUGACCAUCUCGCCUGUGCAGAACUACUGCAUGCACUGACAGGCAUGUUGGCAAUCUACUCUAACGCCCGAUUUUUGGCAGAAAUGCCCGAACCUCAUCUGUAUCCUUCACUGGCGGAGUUACAGUUAGAUGCAGAUCUCCAUGUACCGGACAUAAUAUUUCGCUACAAGCCAGGCACACUUCAUACCGCUCUUCGAAUAGCAUUGCCUGCCUGGAUAGAUCAUGGUUCCUACUUGCAGGAUACAGUUCGUCUAUCCUUCCACGGAGUUGACCGUCAAAAUCAGUCGGCUGUUCUUGUGGCCUAUGGUAGUCUCCGAUACCGUGUCAAGUCUCUUCUAUCAUUGAUAUCCAAGGCGGAUCCCUCGCUUAUCAUUCAAGACAAAGGUUGUGGAUUCGCACUCCGAUUACUUGUCCCAGCUGGAACUUCUAUCAUGAUUAGCCUCUUCGAACGCUUGCAACGGCUUGACUGCGUUCUCUCAAUCAUCCAAUCUUUGCUACAACGGGGAAUGGAGCCCCGGUCAUUAUCUCUUUCUCAAGUUACAUUUUUGUAUGGACCCAGCCAGAAGUUUGCCGCUCGGUUCGACAUAGAUGUUUCGGGUCACUCUCUUUCCGAUUACAUUGGCGGUCACCAUGGUCUGUCUAAUGCCGAUCCUUUAUUCCGACUGCAUCUGAAGGUUGGCUUUGACAGCCCCAGCCCUCAUCGUCGUAUCCAGGAACCACUUACCGUGGCCUUAAAUCAUCGUUUCUCGGAGACAGGCGUGGACUCCAUCCUUGGGUACAUGUCCGAUACUCUCCCACUCUUGCAGUGUUUGGAUCAAAUCACUAAGACAGCACCAACUGAAUCUUCAGUCGUACAUGUUACCGCACGCAGUCCGAUGGUCUUCCAAUUCCAUUACCCUCGGUUAAACUAUCGAUUCCGCUUAUCUGCACGCCCCCGGCAGGGUCGUAUGGUCUGGUUAAUUGAAGACUUUAAUCGAUCAAACCAAAGCAGCCAUUCUACAGGCACGGUUAAGGACAAAAUCUAUAACUCAAAAGGCGACGGCUGGCAAGGACUCGGUGAUGGUGCUAUUUCAUCCCUUGAAAAAAUUGGCCAUCUCCUUUCUGAGCUCCAUUCAUGCCUUGGCGCGUGUCCUCCUGAGCCCAGUGUUCAAAACACCACAAAGCAAGGCGAACAGCAUUCACGAACAGGCUCCAUUAUUAACGCUGCCAAGCUAGCGAACCCCUCGCCUCAAAAAACGGACAUCCUAGGCAACACCGAUAUCAUUACAAUUGACUGA